AUGAGCGGUGUAAAAAGGACGAGAGGCAUAAGAAAAGGAAAAAAGAAGAUUGCUGCUCUUGAAAUAAAUCAAACGACAAUAGAUUGUUUUUUUGGCUCAAAAAGAAAAAAGAGAAAAAGUCGAGAGAUAAUAAAUGUUGAUAAUGAAAAAGAGAAAAUAAGAAGAACAGAAGAUGUGUUAAUUGGAAAUUGGAUAUUAAAAAAGAAAAAAGAAGCACAAAAUGGAGAAAGAAUAAAAAAGAGAUGUUGUGUAUUAUUAGAAUAUAUUUCAUUUGAAUUAAAAAAUAUUUGUGGAGAAUUAAAUGUAUUAUGGAAAGAAACAACAAUUGAAGAAUUAUGUCAAGAGACACAACGUGGACAAUCAAAAGAUGAUCCAAUUGAUUUAGAAGAAAUACAAAUUACAGUUUAUGAAUUUGAUAUUGAAACAAAACAACAAUUAAAAAUGUUAACAACACAAUUAAAAUAUCUAAGUCAAAUAUUUGUUAUUAGAAUGAAUGAAUUAUUAAUAACAGAUAUGACAUUAUUAAUUUCAGAAUGUGAGUUAUUUAUUCCAAUGAAAGAUGGAAUUGAAUAUAUGAUGUUUAAACUUAACUCAUCUAUUAAAAAAGAUAAAAUAAAUUUAAAUAAACCUCAAAUUAAAAAAAUAUUUGAUAUCUUUUCAUUUAUUAAAGAACCAAUUUUUUAUAUAAUUCAAUGUUUAUAUCUUAUUCAAAAUGGAUUAUGUCAAUUCUGUCUUGACUCAGAUAUUAUUCAACCUUUUCAAUUAAUUAAACGCUUUUAUUCUAAAACUGCAAAUGAACAAGAAAUGUUAAUAUAUUCUAUUGGUAAUGAUGAACUUAAAGAUUUGGUUUAUUGGUAUUGUUUAUUUAAUGAACCUCUUGACCGUCUUCAUUAUAUUUAUACAAAUUUUUGUUAUUCUGAUAUCUUUGAUUCUAUUAAACCAAGUUAUAGAACAGAUCUUAUUAAUGAAUUAAAGGCAAUGCAUUCUAUUAUUCUUCCUAUUUAUUGUUCUUCUAAUUCAGUAAAGAAAUUACAUUAUAUUUCUUCUAAACAAUCCCAAUUUAAAAUGAAUAUUGAUAUUAAAGAAAAAAUUAAUAACAUUUUACCUUCUUCCUCUAAAACAUUUGUUUCAAGGAAUCAGUUUAUAGAAAAUGUAUUUCCUUUUAUUCUUCAGAUAUUAAUAAAUUGUCAAAUUAACUUUUCAUCAAAAAGUGAUAAGUUUAGAUUUAAACAACAAUUUUUGGAUCUUAAGGUUGAUGGAAAGUCUUGGAGAUUGCUCAUUCAAAAUAGUCCUUUUCAGUCAGUUGUUAACCAACUUACAGAAACUCGAAAAAAAUUUAUAUUAUCUUUUUUUGAUUAUUAA